UACAAACUAAAGUUACUUCUGAUUUUAUAUUUAAUUAAAAACAUUGCGGGAAGUUUGAUAUGUAUCAAAUUGUAAACAAUUCUUUUUACAACCUAUUCAAAUAUAAAAUCCUUUGUGUUUCUUUAAGCUUAAAACUUAUUUCCGUAUUUUGAAUAUUUGUUUACAAACAAUUCAGAAAAAUAUUAUGUUUAGAAAUUUUUCGAGUAUCAUUUGUUAUAAUAAUUAUUACGAUGGCUCGAGCUAUACUCUUAGCAUUCGCUGAGGAGGAACGUAAGAAAAACGCUUUCAAACGAGCCCGCCGCCUCAGAAGAGAAGUUAGCGACCCACUGGGACUCUCUGCAAAAGAGUUUGAGGCACAGUUCCGGCUCACAAAGGAGGCUUUUAACGAGUUGUGUAGGGAGGUGAUACCAUUGCUACGAACUCGAAAAAGGAGUACCAUGAUCCGUGAUGAACUUAAAAUCGCAGCUGCCCUGACUUUCUUUGCGUGUGGAGCGUACCAGCGAGGCAUGGGCAACUCCUCCAUCCACAAUAUGUCGCAACCAUCAUUCUCUCAUUGUUUGGAAGAGGUCACAAAUGCCCUCAACUCAGAUGUUAUAUUAAAGAAAUAUAUUAAGUUUCCCUCCAAUGGGCGGGUAAGGGAUGCUGUAAUCGCAGAUUUUAAGAAUAUAAGUGGAAUGCCUGGAGUUAUAGGAUGUGUGGGCGGAACUCACAUAGCUAUAGUGAAGCCGGUUGAGAACGCUAAUGCAUACCUGAACAGCAAAUUGUAUCACUCACUCAAUGUUUUGGCGAUAUGUGAUUCUCAUAUGAAUAUAACAUACAUAGACGCGUCCUACGGGGGAGCAGCUCACGACAACUUCAUAUGGACUCAAAGUCCUAUAAAGAAUUAUUUAGAGCGAUUGAACUUGAACGGCGACAGUUGCUGGCUAUUAGGUGACUCUGGUUUCACUCAAAAGGCCUAUAUGAUGACGCCCAUACUGAAAUACGAGGAAGGUUCCCCAGAAGAAUAUUACACGAAAAUCCAUCACAGGACUCACAGCAUAAUGCAACGGUGUAUUGUAACGUUGAAGUCACGAUGGAAGUGCCUACUACCACACCGAGUGCUUCACUAUAACCCAGCAAAAGCCGGGAAAAUAGUUAAUGCAUGCGCAGUAUUAAAUAAUAUUGCCAAUUCCUAUAAUAUAGCUAUACCUAAGCUUAGUGCAGCCGAUGAAAUUGCCAUUGAGCGUAGCCAGCUGCCGGACGAUGUAGGAGACAGUCCCAACACGGGGAGGUCUAUGCUCGUGCAACUGUUGUGGGCCGCGAGGCGAGAGUGAAAAUAU